AACCCCAGCAGGCCUGAACCCUAGAAACCUUGACGUUGCGAUCCCUCCCCGUGGCUUCUCAUUCGGCAACCUAGGGUUUCUUAUCCCAAUCCGUCGGCAUGGCCGUGCCUCCGGAGCGCGUCGUACAAGAGGUCGGGAAGAGCCUCGCGCGUCCUCGACUCAGCAAGGACUCUCUGGUGAAGUUGCUCAAGGAGGCUGAAGACGCUUUAUCGAAGUUGAAUCAAUCUUCUACUUUACAGAUUGCAUUAGGAUCAUUAAGCCAUUCUCUUUCUCAAAUUAACUUACUUCAGCAUAAAGACAAAGAAGUUAGGUUAUUGGUUGCAGUGUGUUUCAGUGAAAUCAUCCGGAUCCUGGCACCUGAACCACCUUUCAGUGAUGAGAUAUUUAUGCACAUUUUUAGGCUUAUUAUUGGUACUUUCAUUGACCUGGCUGAUACAGCGAGUCCCUAUUUUACAAGGAGGACAAAGAUAUUGGAGAGUUUUGCUGCCUUGAGAUGUUGUGUGAUUAUGUUGGACAUGGGUUGUGAGGAUUUAGUUUUGGAAAUGUUCAAAGUUUUUUUCUCUGUUGUCAGACAAAGUCAUCAAAGAAGCUUGAUCCAAGCUAUGCUGUCUAUUAUGACACUUGUUAUUGAGGAAAAAGUUACUCAGCCGCUUCUGGGCAUUGUUCUGCAAAAUCUAAUGAAGGCAGACAAGGGUGCAGCCUCCAAACUUGCCGUAUCUCUGAUCCAGAAUUGUGCUGGGAAGCUGGAGUCCCCAAUUCAUGGUUUUUUAACUUCCUGCAUUUUUGACAAUGAUGCCUCUGCAAAUGAAUUUAAAAAGUUGUACCAUGAAAUUAUAUUGAAGUUAUAUCAAUGUGCUCCUCAGAUUCUUGUAGCCGUCAUCCCAAACUUGACCCAUGAACUACUAGUUGAUCAGGUCGAUAUUCGCUUAAGGGCUGUUCACUUGGUUGGAAAGCUUCUUGCCCAAUCUGAGCUCAACUUCAGUCAGAAAUUCCAUACAGUCUUCGUUGAGUUCUUGAAAAGAUUAUCUGAUAAAUCCCUAGAAGUUCGAAUUGCUGCAAUUGAGCAUGCUAGAGAAUGCUAUUUGGCUCAUCCAUUUGGCAGUGAAGCACGUGAUAUUCUUGCUGCACUUGAAGGAAGAUUAUUAGACUUUGAUGAUAAAGUGAGAACAGAAGCUGUGUUUGCAGUCUGUGAUCUUGCUAAAUCUAGCUUGACAUGUUUUCCAUCUGAGAUAAUACUACAAGCUGUAGAACGGCUUCGUGAUAAAAAGGUUUCUGUUAGAAAGAAAGUGAUGGAAAAGCUACUAGAGUUAUAUCGUGUAUACUGUAGUAGGUGUUCUGAGGGGAUCCUCACACUCAAUGAUCACUAUGAACAAAUUCCCUGCAAAAUGUUACUUUUAUGCUUCGACAAGGAAUGCAAGGAAUUCAGGCCACAGAACAUCGAACUGGUCUUUGCAGAAGAUCUCUUUCCAGCAUCACUUUCCAUAAAAGAAAGGACAAAACAUUGGAUUGCUUUUUUCUCGCUUUUCAAGUUGCCUCACAUAAAGGCUUUAAAAUCCAUCUUAUAUCAAAAGUGGAGGUUGCAGAUGGAACUGAAAGUAUAUUUUGCUCUGCGAGAUGAAGAAAAGGAGAAUGCUUCAGAAGAAAUGCAUAUGAGAAUUUUGGCAUCAUUUAUGAAGAUGUCUACCGCAUUCCUAGAUUCUUCUAAAGCGGUGGAGUGCUUUCAAAAAUUGCAUCAGAUUACAGAUAACAAUAUUUUUAAGUCAUUGCUUGAAUUGGUUGAUGAAGACAUGUCUUCUUCUGCUGCCUACUCUACUCGGGUUUCAUUGCUUAAGCAGCUUGGGGAUAAACAUCCAACUUAUGAUUUUCUUAGUACACUUUCCACAAAAUGUUCGUAUUCAAUAUUCAGUGCCGAGCAUGUUCGUUAUAUUAUGGAAGAAGUCAUAUCUGGAAACGAUGAUCGAACCAAGUACGCCCAAGUUUCUAAAGUAGAUCUUCUUAUUGUUAUUUUAUCCAUAUACCCAACAUUGCUAAGAGGAGGAGAAGACUGUCUGCUUAAAUUGUUUUCCAUGAAUGCUACAUUGUUAAACGAAAAGUCUCUUCAGAUUUUAGCAAUAGCUGGUCGCCAUGUUUCUAUAGCACUCAGUGACAUUUACUUAUUUCUGGAACGGAAAUGCAUUGAAGGAACACGCACCGAGUCUAAAUAUGCUGUUUCUGCAAUAUCUUCUCUCAUUCAUGCUCCUGAUGAUCCUAUCUUUUCCAACUUAUGCCAGAAAGUUGUGAACUCUCUGCAUCAUGGACGCCAUAUCCCGACUCUGCUGCAGUCUUUGGGUUGCAUCUCACAGUAUUCCCCAUCAACAUAUGAACUAUACAAGAAGCAAAUAAUGCAAUUCAUUAUCCAAAAGCUUUUAUGUUCAAAGGUGGACUCAGAUCAAGCAUCCUCCAAUGAUGGCGCUUUAUGUAGCUUAUCCUGCAAAUUGAAGAUGUACGGGUUGAAAUCAGUGGCCAAAAGUUUUUUGCCACAUGAAGUGUCACAGAUCCGGCAUGAAAUAAAAGAAUUCUUCAACAUCCUGUCAGACAUGAUACUUGGAAUUGGAACCAUCAAUGAAAAUAUUUUAAGUCAAAGUGACAAGGUUCACCUUAGAUUAGCUGCUGCAAAAUGUAUUCUUCGACUUGCAACAAGAUGGGACUUGCAUAUACCACCAGACAUUUUCCAUUUGGUUAUAAUGAGUGCAAGGGAUCCUUCUUCAACUGUCCGCAAGUCAUUGCUCUGUAAGAUACAUAAGCUACUAAUGGAACAAGCUAUACCGGACAGAUAUGCAUGUGCUUUUGCAUUCACUUCAGUUGAUUGUAUUGGAGAUAUCCGAAAUGAUUCAGUGAAAUUCUUCACUGCAUUCCUGACGGCACGUAAUAAGAAAUUUCUUAUCAACAAGAAUGCUUUAGCACAGGAGACAGAUGGAGUAGCAAUCACAAAACAUCCAGGAUAUAUUGUGGUUUUUGUAAUCCAUGUUCUUGCUCAUGAUAAAAACUUUCCUUCUGAUAAUUGCCAAGAUCAAGAUGUUUAUGCUGAGUUUUGUAGUCCGCUCAUUUUCAUCAUACGUGCUUUACUGAAUUUAAAUUGCGGCCGUAGCAAUCAAAAUGAUGCCAGUUAUAUGGCAUCAUAUCUACUGGGCAUUUUUCUUGCCAUUCAGAAAGCUGAUGAUGCUGUUGAUGCUAAAUUCACCCCUAAAUUGCAUAUUCUCUCAAAAAUAUGUUUGCUUGCAUUAAAAGUUCUUACUCAGCAUUGCAAGUCCCCAUUGGAUGCUUCCCAUCUCGUCUUGCUUCCAUCAUCAUAUUUCAAGGCUUGCCAUGAUGCAAGGAAAAAAGGAGCAUCUCUUCACGUUGCUAAUUUCGUGGAUAAAAGUUUUGUGAGGAGGAUCCUCUGUGCAUUUGACUCUUAUAUAAACCAGGCUUCAAACUCAUGUUCUAAAUGGAAUCAUAAGGUUCAAGAUGUUGGCGAUUUGGAUGUUAUGAAGAACAUAUCAAAUGCUUUAACCAUGGACAGACAAAUUGAUCAAUCACAUGGUAAAAUGAAGAAAGAGAAGGAUAAUCUUCAUCCUAAUACAAAGAGAUCUCAGAAAGUUUGUUCUGUGAGAAGUCACAUGAAUUCUGUGUCACAUUCUUCUUCGAUGUCAACAGAAUUGGUUCAUGGGGUAAUAAAUUUAGAACCAGUAAAUGCUGAAUAUGAAGAGAGAAAAGAGCAAGUAUCUUCUUCAGAUUCUGUUAGUAUCUGUCUGGUGAUUCCAACUUCACAGGUUUCUACCAAGGCAGUUGCAUUAAAAGGAUUCAUGCCUUCAAUGACUAAUGAGAGAUGUGUUACAAACGGUAGCAGUACCUCUCAACCUGAAACUUCAAAAGCAGAUAUAGAGUGUCCUCUGGAUUCACAGGUUGCCAAUGAUAAUGGUGAUGUAGAGCUUUUGGACUCAGAAGAUAAGACUUGGGAAGCCAUCAAUGAAAUGCCUUUGCUGGAUAAGGGUAGAUGCAACAUUCAACCUGAAGAAGGGUUAGAUUCUUCUAGCUGUAGUCCUGAGGAAGUGAUUCCUACUGCCGGAGAUGACAGUGAUAAAACAAAUCCCGCUGCUUCAGAUGAAAGAACAGAAAAUUGGUGUGCAAGCACGAACUUGUCAUCUGUUGGUGCUGGCAAAGGAAACAAGAGAUUGCUACCAAGAAAUGCUUCAAAGAACUCUUUGUCAGAUUUAAUGGACAGAAACAUGAGUAAUUCUCGAAGGAUUCAACCACGGAGGAAGUAGAUAUCCCCAUAAUAGUUGCCACGACAUUUGAUUCGAGAUCAUCAACCGUACUUUUGCGGCCAUUUAUUCUCUUUACAACUGCAAUGAAUUGUUGUAAAUAUUUUUAUAUCAAGAAUACUCUAAUGUGUUUUUGCACAAAAAGUAUGCUGUACAUUUUGGUAAAGCUUUGAUCAAAGAGACAUUCAUGUGGCUUAACCGGA